UAGAAGAGAAGCAGUCUGAUAGCACCACUCUCUCUCUCUCUCUCUGAAAGUGUGAGUGUGGGUAUGUGUGUGGACACGGCUCGACUGCUGUGACACUAAUACCAAGUGCAAUCAGAAAGCAUGCAGCAGAAUUCCCAGUGAGAAGAGGAACCUUUAACCACUGAAAAGUCCAAGCCAAACAUUGUCCACGAAACAAUGGCUGGUUCCUUCCUGAGUGCUCACCGCUGCCCCCAAGUGGACCUGCCGCUGCACCGCAGCACACAGAUGCCACCGCCGCGUUUGACCAGCUCUUGUCUCAUCGCUUCCUCGUCCAACUCCGGCGAGGAAGAUGAGCGAGGAAGCGGCAGCGACUGGUCGGAAGACGACCUGUCCCUUCACUUCUCUGCAUCGGUCAUCAGCCCGUCCAGUGACGAAGAGUCUGAUCCGGAAAGCGGCAGUCGAUGCGUCACUCAAGGCAAAUGUCCGAUUCAGGUCAAAAAGCUCCUUUGCCCCACUGUCCAUCACCGCUCAGAUCUGUUGCUACGGCAACACAGCAUGCCAGCGACCCCUCAAAGCGGCGGAGGAACCCGCCAAGGCCACAACUCGGCACCACAACGACUACGGAAAUCCUUCUCUUUGGAUGAAAGCAAAACCAAGAUGGCCUCCUGUAUCAUCAACAGUGUCCUGUCCAAGAAGAUGCAGGAGCAGUUUGUCUCCUCAGAGGCUCACAACUCUUCAGCCGGAAGGGCGGAGAAAGAUGUGCUUCAAAAUGCACACACUUUCCCCGCCAGCAGAGCUCCGACAACCGUCCGGGUCUUCGGUCGGGAGGACAAACCACGUCCAAAUUUGCAAGUUCUACAUGGAAAUAAUAAGGCUUCCACAGGACAUGUGACCAAGAUGGCUGCCUGUUUCUCCAGAGUCAAGUUCAUCCCAGUUAGGAAUGUGAAGGAUCUUGCUGUUAAACCUGCAGAGUCCAGGCAAACGGAAAGAACCAGAACCAACGUCAGUGACCAGGCUGCUACGUCCUUUCCUCAGCAGACUGUCACUGCCCAGGAACACAACUCCAGUCUGGGAGUGUCCUCACGUCAUGUCCCUGGUGUUUGUACUGCCUUGCCCACUUCGCGGUACCCACACCUGGGCCAGGUACGCACCACCCAGACCCUCCCAUCAUCUAUGAGCUCCACCCACACCAUCCCACCAUCUAAGGGAUCUAUCCAGACUCUCCCUCCACCCAUUAGCUCCACCCACACCCUCACUCCAUCCAUGAGUGCCACCCACACACUCCCUCAAUCCAUGAGCUCCACCCACACCCUCCCUCAAUCCACGAGCUCCACCCACACCCUCCAUCCAUCCAUGAGCUCCACCCACACCCUCACUCCAUCCAUGAGUUCCACCCACACCCUCCCUCAAUCCACGAGCUCCACCCACACCCUCCUUCCAUCCAUGAGCUCCACCCACACGCUCCCUCCACCCAUGAGCUCCAUCCACACCCUCCCUCCACCCAUUAGCUCCACCCACCCCCUCCCUCUAUCCAUGAGUUCCAACCACACUCUCCCUCCAUCCAUUAGCUCCACCCACACCCUCCCUCCAUCCAGGAGUGCCACCCACACCCUUCAUCCAUCCAUGAGCUCCACCCACACCCUCACUCCAUCCAUGAGUUCCACCCACACCCUCCCUCAAUCCACGAGCUCCACCCACACCCUCCUUCCAUCCAUGAGCUCCACCCACACGCUCCCUCCACCCAUGAGCUCCAUCCACACCCUCCCUCCACCCAUUAGCUCCACCCACCCCCUCCCUCCAUCCAUGAGUUUCACCUACUCCCUUCAUCCAUCCAUGAGUUCCAACCACACUCUCCCUCCAUCCAUGAGCUCCACCCACACCCUCCCUCUAUCCACGAGUUCCAACUACACUCUCCCUCCAUCCAUGAGCUCCACCCACACCCUCACUCCAUCCAUGAGCUCCACCCACACCCUCCCUUCAUCCAUGAGUUCCAUCCACACUCUCCCUCCAUCCAUGAGUUUCACCCACUCCCUCCCUCUAUCCAUGAGCUCCACCCACACCCUCCCUUUAUCCAUGAGUUCCAAACACACCCUUCAUCCAUCCAUGAAUUCCACCCACGCCCUCCCUCAAUCCAUGAGUUCCACCCACACCCUCCCUCAAUCCUUUAACUCCACCCAUGCCCUUCCUCCAUCCAUGAGCUCCAUUAAGACCCUACCUCAAUCCAUGAGCUCCACCCACACCCUCCCUUCAUCCAUGAGUUCCAUCCACACCCUCCCUCCAUCCAUGAGUUUCACCCACUCCCUCUCUCCAUCCAUGAGCUCCACCCACACCCUCCCUCCAUCCAUGAGUUUCACCCACACCCUUCAUCCAUCCAUGAAUUCCACCCACACCCUCCACCCAUCUAUGAGCUCCACCCACGCCCUCCCUCAAUCCAUGAGUUCCACCCCCACCCUCCCUCAAUCCUUUAGCUCCACCCAUACUCUCCAUCCAUCCAUGAGCUCCAUUCAGACCCUACCUCAAUCCAUGAGCUCCUUCCACACCCUCCAUCCAUCCAUGAGCUCCAUUCAGACCCUACCUCAAUCCAUGAGCUCCAUUCAGACCCUCCCUCAAUCCAUGAGCUCCUUCCACACCCUCCCUCCAUCCAUGGGCUUCAUCUACACCCUUCUUCCAUCUAUGAGCUCCACCCACACCCUCCAACCGUCCAUGACCUCGAUCCAGAGAUCUCAGCCUGAAGAAGUCUCUGGCCUCAGCCUCUUCAGUAGCUCCGCCCCCAGACACCUGAUGUUUGAUCCUAAACACCAGCAGUACUUUUGUGUGCAGAAGAAGAUGCUGAUUGACCUCGAAACAGGUCAAUACAUCCCGGUCGUUCUACCUGCGCCGAUCUUCAGUGCAUGAGUAUGACAAAGGACCCCGUCACCCGGACACCAGGACACCAGGACAAGGCAAGCCAGUGAAGAUAUUUACAGUCCAAACAGAAAUGCAUGAGACAUUCUGCAUGCUUAAAGUGAUGUCACCUUUCUACAUGAUUGGAUGAUUCAUCAAAGUGACCACUAGGGGGCUCGCAGUAUUAAUACACAACAUGCAGUACAUUUGUACUAUUUGCACACAAGAAGUAUACUGUAGUGAUAUUUCAUGUUCUUUUUCUACACCAUUUUAGUUACUGUUGUGUAUGAAAUGUAAAUAACAUAUCGAACUGUCCAGUGAAGAGAAUAAAAAUGGCGUCUUCAUGCCAGCUGCUGUACGUCUUCCAUAUUAAUGUUCCAUCUGGAGGUGGGUG